GGCGGCGGCGGGGGCGCGGCCGGCGGGUGCGCCAUGGUGCGGCCGUGAGCGGAGCAUGGGGCGGCGGCUCCUCCGGGCGCUCCUUUGCCUCCUCCUCCUGGCCGGCCGCGGGCUCCUGCGGGACGGCGGCGCCUCCGCUACGGCCACCGCCGCUCACGGCUGCCUGUUCGACAGGAGGCUGUGCUCCCCCCAGGAGGUGUGUGUGCAGGAUGGGCUGUUUGGGCAGUGCCAGGUGGGCUCCGUGCAGGACAGACCCUACUUCCAGGUUACCUCUCCUGUGCUCCAGCGCCUGCAGGAUGUCUUGCGGCAUCUUAUGGCACAAGGGCUCUCCUGGCAGGACGGCAUCACCCAGUAUGUGAUCUCGCAGGAGAUGGAGCGCAUUCCCCGCCUCCGCCCACCACCCUCACUGGAGCCAGCAGCCAGGGACAGGUUCCAGCCCCUCCGUGGCUCUCCCCAGCGAGCCCCGCUCCCUGUGGACCCUGGCUUACCAGCAGCUCAGCAUCUGGGGCAGCCCCCACCGCUGCUGCGCUCCCCCCUGGUGCAGAGGUACCUGGAGCACCUCCUGCUGUCCCCUGCACCCCAGCUGGGCUUUGAGGAGGCUCUGCUCAACCCCUACUCCUACCACAAGUUUGGCUACCAGGAUGGUGCUCACCAGCUCCCCAGCAGCUCAGUGAGGCAGAGCCCUGAGACAUCCUCGCUGCUGGGCAGAGUCCCUGCCCAGGCCCUUUUUGGGGCCGGGCCUGUGCCCUCCUAUGGUGGGCAGACAGGAACGGAUGGAGGACAUCUCUUCCAGGAUUUGGGCUUGUUUUCCCUGCCUAGAGACAAAGCCAGCCGCCCAGAUCCUGCCAGCACGAGGCUCCACCACAGCUUACGGCUCCCUGGUGACUACAGGGACAUGGAGGAGAGGGAGCAGCCAUCACCCCUGGCUGUCCGGCCACACCCUGCACAGACAGAUGCUGCCCUGAAGAGAUUGGCCUCCCUUCUGGCCAGCUAUGGCCUGGGGCUGCCAGAGCUGAGCCCCCAGCAGCUGAGCAGCCUCUCCACGUUCCUUCAGCUGCUCCAGAACUCUGGUGUUGCUGGCCCUGAAGCACCCACAGCAAAACGUGUGGGUUUGCAGCAGGCUGGUGCUGGAGGAGGUGCAGCGCCACAGGUGACUGAGGGCGACAUGCAGCACGGGGAGGAGCCAGUGUCUCCUUCCUCUACAGUGCCACCCCAAAAAUUCCCAGCUAGCAGCUCCCCAGGGGAUGCACUGAGGGGCAGGGCAGUGUCCUCACCAGCCCCCCGGGCUGAGCCACAGAGGGGACAUGGGGAGGACACACUCAGCCCUGGGAAGCAGGUCAUAGUGGAGAAGAAGAGCUACAUGGGGGUGAAGGACAACGGGGUGCAGCAAGGCACACGACCACCGGAUGAGUACAGCUACAUCAUCACAGACCAGAAGCCCCUGGAGCUGGCCACCGGCGUGCGGCUGCUGGAGCUCCUCGCCAAGCACCUCCACCUCUCCACAGCCAGUUUCAUCAACAUCAGUGUUGUGGGCCCCGCGCUCACCUUCCGCAUCCGGCAGAACCCCCAGAACCUCUCACUGGCGGACGUGGCCAGCCAGGCUGAGCAAGUGAAGGCAGAGCUGGAGGCAGAGCUGGGCCUGAAGAUUGUGCAAACAGGAGUGGGAGAGCGAAACGAGGCUGCUGCCUACUCACACCCAUCCCACUUCGGGGAUGGCUUCCACUCAGUGCUGCUGACCUUCAUCGCACUGGCCUGUGUGGCAGGCAUCGCCAUUGCAGCCGCUGCAGCCAUCUGCCUCAGGCGCCAUGCGAAGCAACGGGAGAAGGAGCGCCUGGCUGCCCUGGGGCCUGAAGGUGCUGCUGACACCACCCUCGAGUACCAGGAGCUGUGCCGCCAGCACAUGGCUGCCAAGUCACUCUUUGGCCGUGCGGAGGCAUCUGCAGCACCAGCAGAGACCUCGCGGGUCAGCAGUGUCUCAUCCCAGUUCAGCGAUGCCCCGCAGCCCAGCCCCAGCUCCCACAGCAGCACCCCCUCCUGGUGCGAGGAGCCGGUCCAGUCCAACAUGGACAUCUCCACCGGACACAUGAUCCUGGCCUACAUGGAGGACCACCUCCGCAACCGGGACCGACUGGCCAAGGAGUGGCAGGCUCUCUGUGCCUACCAGGCUGAGCCCAGUGUUUGCUCCAUCGCCCAGAGUGAAGCCAACCUGAAGAAGAACCGCAACCCUGAUUAUGUACCCUAUGACCACAUGCGGAUCAAGCUGAAAGCAGAAAGUAACCCAUCCCGUAGUGACUUCAUCAAUGCCAGUCCAAUUAUUGAGCACGACCCACGGAUGCCAGCAUACAUUGCCACGCAGGGGCCGCUGUCUCACACUAUUGCUGAUUUCUGGCAGAUGGUGUGGGAGCAUGGCUGCACUGUCAUCGUCAUGCUGAGCCCACUGGCUGAGGACAGCGUCAAGCAGUGUGACCGCUACUGGCCGGAUGAAGGCUCCUCUCUCUACCACAUCUACGAGGUGAACCUGGUGUCGGAGCACAUCUGGUGUGAGGAUUUCCUGGUGCGCAGCUUCUACCUGAAGAAUGUUCAGUCACAGGAGACCCGCACCCUGACGCAGUUCCACUUCCUCAGCUGGCCAGCCGAGGGGAUCCCUGCCACCACCCGGCCUCUCCUUGACUUCCGCAGGAAGGUGAACAAGUGUUACCGGGGUCGCUCCUGCCCUAUUAUUGUGCACUGCAGUGAUGGUGCUGGCAGAACUGGGACAUACAUCCUCAUUGACAUGGUCCUGAACCGAAUGGCCAAAGGGGUGAAGGAGAUAGACAUAGCUGCUACGCUGGAACACAUCAGAGACCAGCGACCAGGCAUGGUGCAGACCAAGGACCAGUUUGAGUUCGCACUGACGGCUGUGGCAGAGGAAGUGAAUGCCAUCCUGAAGGCGCUGCCACAGUGAUGAUGAGGAACCCUCCCUUCUUGUCUACCCCCAUGUUCCCUGGCUUCGUGUGCUCUCCUUGCCCUGCUCAUGGGGCUGCUCCCACCCUAAAAUGCUGUCUGUGCUGCUGGAUCUGUUCCUGCCUCCCUCAGCCCCCCUUGCCCUUCUCCCCAAGAACACAUGGUUCCGCCCCUCUUUGUGCAGGGCAUAGAGCCUCAUCGAGCCCGCUGCCACCACAGAGAGGACUGGGCUUGCAUCCCCUCUCCCCUGUGGAAGAGGAGACCAGGUGAUGCUGCUCUGAGUUGGCUGUGGGCCCCCCUAGCCGCUCUCCUGCACCAUCCCCUUCCCUCUCUGCACCAGAGAAGGGAGCAGGAGCAGGCAGGGGUCCCCCCACAGCGUGGGGGCAUUAGGUGCAGGGGGACUUGGACCAGCCCUGCAUUCCUUCUGUGUACUCCCCGCCCUGUCACUCGAGCAGAAGAGAAAUUUCUAGAGAAAUAUAAUUUUGUAUCUUGAUGUGAAUAAAGUUCUCGUGUCGCGUUCGUGCA